CCACGGUGGCCUGGCAACAUGUGGAGCCGGGGGAGAGCCUGCGCCUUCUCCGCGGGACUGUUGCUCGGGGCCCGCCGUCUGAGCAACGGCGGGGGCCGGAGGAAAGAGGCCGCGGCCGCCGCUUCUUCCUUCUUUCUCAGCCAGCCGGAUGUUCAUCUGCACUUUUUAGACCAUGUUCUGAUAAACAGAGUCAAGAGUAUUCAGCUUAUAUUUGAAAGAAGCACAGGAACUCUCAUAGACAAAAGCUCAUUAGAUGAAACCAAGUAUGAAAAACUUGCGGAAGAAACACUGGAAUCGUUAACAGAUUUCUUUGAGGACUUGGCAGACAAGCCAUUUAUUUCUAAAGAAUACGAUGUCUCCUUUGGGAAUGGAGUACUAACAGUGAAACUGAGUGGAAAUAUGGGAACUUAUGUAAUCAAUAAACAGACACCAAAUAAACAGAUAUGGCUCUCUUCUCCAAUCAGUGGCCCAAAGCGAUAUGACUGGACUGGAAAAAAUUGGAUUUAUUCUCAUGAUGGUAUUUCUCUUCAUGAUCUAUUGUCCAAGGAACUUUCACUUGCAUUAGCAAUUGAACUGGAUUUAUCAACUUUAACACAUGCUGGUGGAGAGCCUAAUUCUUGAUAUCUAUCUAUAAAAAUCCAAAGACUUUGGACUUAGACCCAUUUCUUUCCUCCUCACCAUACUCUAGUUUUAAUAUGUUUGUCCAAAUUUAAAUUCUCAAAACAUUUGUUAUUCAAAUCUAUUUUAUUAAGCACUAAUGGAAAAAAAUUAUAUAUAUAUAUAUAUUGGCUUUACAUGUUUUCGUUCUUUUUCUUGUGUUGCAAGGACAAAAGUGGUGAAAUAUUUCUGCAAGAUGGUAUCCAGUUGUAGAAGUGUGAUAUUUGCAUGAGGGUUGCCAGCCAGACUGGAUGCUUUUGCUAUAUGUGUACUCCACUAUCAAUAACUUUUAUAAUGCAAUGUUCAAUGGACCUGCCAUAAUCAAGUGGUGUGUCCAAUAUAUCAUAAUAUGUCCCACCACAGAAGGCCAGUGUAUACAAUCAUUUCUAAGUGGCCUUUGUGUGAAGCCCCCCGAUAAUUCUUAUAGUGAAUCUAAUUAGUGGGAUAUUUAUUUUUUAAAUAAGAAACAGACUAACUGAAAUAUUAUGCCUACCUAUUUCAUGUAUAUAAUUAGAAAACCUAGAUUUAUGUUUAACUUUGAAAUAAGGAGUGGAAAUUAUUAAAUAAUAAUGAACUGCAUAGAAAAACUUGGAUUAAGGGCAACAUCCUCCUUAAUUAAAUGCAACAUUAGAUUUUAAAAUGUUUGAAGAAACUAGGACUAUGCAAAGCAGUUGAAAAAUUGUUUUUGAAGCAUAUUUUGGAAGAUAUCAUGGCUGCUUCAAAAGAUAUUCUCAAUCCGUUGUCCUAAAUUACAAAUUUAGAGAAUGCCUGUAUAAGAUCUUAUUCUCUAGUUCAGACAUAGGGAACUUCAGUCCCAACUUUGGAUUGACUUCCAAUAAUUUUCUGAGGACCAAAGGACAGGGACCAGGCUUCCUGAGACCUUAUUUAUAUAUACCUCUCACAAAGACACAUUGUUAACAC